UAAGAGUUGUUAUUUAAUGUGAUAAUAUUUGUGAUUUUUAUUUAAUUUGUCUUUAUGGCAUUAUAGAUACAUUUUAAACACUUUAUUUUAUCGAAUCAGUGAAGUUUUAUGUACAAUAUUUAUUAGAAUAGUGAACUAAAUGAUACUUAACUUACUUAACCUAUAUUGUUUAUAAGUAUAAUGUAAUAUAUUUUCCAACAAUUUUCCAGAACUAAUAAAAUGUUAGCUAAUACACAAUUAUUAUCAGCAAAUAAUGAAAAAGAAGAUUUGACUACUUUUGUAGCCAUACCUGUUGAUUCUUUGAAAAAUCCUACUGAAUACGACAAUUUACGAGUGAUCCAAAACAUUGUUAUUAAGCAGUUACCAGAUGGGACAAUAUGCCUUGCAGAAGCAAUUGAGGAAAAGCAGAAUUUUACUCAAGAACCGUACCAGUUGACUGAAGCUGUUCCUUUAAAACUAAUCAAUGAUACAACAGAAAAACCACAUGUCAGAAAUCGAACGAUUUUGCUACAUCCUCCACGAAAACAUGUUCAAGAAAAACAACCACUGAAAAAAAUAGAGCCGAAACCUGCAAAUCACCCCUAUUUAUGUAUAAAGUGUGAUAAUUCUUUUGAAACAGUUACACAGUAUCAUAAUCAUAUAAAAUGGCACAAAUGUCAGAAAAAAUUUAAGUGUGAGAAGUGUUCUUCUGGUUAUAACGUGGAAAAUAACCUAAAAAUUCACAUGGUUCUAAUGCAUUCUGAAGAACGUAAUAUGCAGUGUCCUGUUUGUCAUGUCAGUCUAACAUUUCAAAGAGCUGCUAGUUUGAGGUCGCACUUAAUGCUGCACCAUGUAGAGGAAUUUUAUACCUGUGAUGAAUGCGAUGGAGAAUUCGACAAAGAAGCUGAUUUUCUUAAACAUAUUGAAACACACAAUUCAAAGAAAAAAGGUAAUUCUAAACCACUGACAUGCACCUACUGCAAAUUAGAAUUUAAAGAAUCUAAGGAAUAUAGGACACAUGUUGCUGACCAUGUCAAGCUACGAAAAACGUUCAUGAGGAACAGACGGCCAAGAAAACCAGGGGGUAGAAAGGAGGAGUCCAACCAUGUGUGCCUUAUAUGUAAUAAGAGUUUUAUCAAGAAUUCUCUGCUUGAAAGACAUUUAAGGAUUCACAGUGGAGAGAAACCUUUUAAGUGCCAGUUUUGUGAUCGAAGCUUUACCCAAAAAGGAACUUUACAAAUUCAUCUAAGCAGGCACACAGGUGUUAAGCCUUACGCUUGCACGUUGUGCCCUGCCAGAUUCAAUCAGAAAGGGAAUUUGCAGGUGCACGUGAAAAAAACCCAUACGUUUCCGGCAGAAAAGGACCAGAAAAUGUACAAGUGCUCGCAAUGCUCUUGUAUAUUCAAGAAAAUCGCUACUCUAAAUGGUCACGUAACGAAAGCUCAUCUAAAUACUAGGGAUACUUCCAAAUUAGACGAUAGCCUUAUCGAGGAUGUCUUGUCUAAAUUGAAAGAACUCGAACGGCAGACUUCUGGGAAUCCCCAGGACAGAUGUACCGAAAAGAACAAAGAAAAUGAACCAAAGGAACAUAUUGUGAUUGAAAACAAACCUGUGGAAGUGCCUGAAUUUGAAAAGAAGAAUUUCAUUAAUUUGACAGAGUCAACUAACGAUGGUACUGUAAAGAAGUAUUUAGUGAGACAGAAAAAGGUUGGCGAUGUUCGGUGGUAUUUUUGUAAUUACUGUUCGAAGCAAUUCAAGAAGCCCUCGGAUCUGAUCAGGCAUAUGAGGGUGCAUACAAAGGAAAAACCGUUUAAGUGCCAUCAAUGCAGUUCAGAAUUCACGUUAAAAUCAACUCUGCUAUCUCAUAUCAAGACCCACACCAACAAAAUGAAUUACACCUGUAAAGUAUGCGACUCUCCUUUUAUAUCUUUGAGGGUACUAAAUGCGCAUCUCAGGAAGCACGAUUUCGAAUCUCUACCAAAGUGGCAAUGUAUAACUUGCGGUUUCCUGUUUGAUGAGCUAGAGCAGGGAAUUAAACACAGAGACAAGAUGGGAAGGGAAAAACCACACGUCGUCCAGCCUUUUAUUAAUCACAUUUUGAAACAACCUUUAUACCAAACCACAUACGGUUCCUUAGUAUUUAAACCUCCGAAAACGAGAUUUCCUAACACAGGAUCCGAAUCGCCCACCCUCCGACCUUUUCACUGCACAAUAUGCGAUUCUAGAUUUACGAGAAGAAUCAAUCUUAAAAGACACAUCCAGUUUCAUAACGGGGACAGAAAUUUCAAAUGUAAUUUGUGUCCGAAGACUUUUAUAACUUCCUAUAGGCUGAAAGAGCACUUAAAUUUUCACAACAAUGUGAAGAACUACGCUUGCAAGCAGUGCGAUAAGAAAUUUGUCACUGCGACACUUCUGAAGAGGCAUGUUAUCAUCCACAAUAAUCACAAGCCUUACCAGUGCCCUUACUGCACGAAAACCUUCAAGACGCUACUAUUGUGCAGGACUCACAUCAUGAAAGUACAUAAAAAGGAAGUGGUUAGCAAGCUGAAUUUAGAACCGGAAAAUCUUCUGACAAGGACAGAAUCUAAUCCAGAACAGAAACAAAAUAUGACGAUGGAAACAUUGCCGAUCACUUCAGAAAAUGCACUGCAGAAUUUGUCGCCCACUUCCAAUAAUGAAAACAUCGUGAUCGAACAGCUACUUCCGGAAGGGGAGAACUGCAUCCAAAUUAUGAAUUCAGAUGGCGCCAGUGCAGAUCUUAAUAAUUACCCUACCAUCUAUGUUAAUAUGAACGAGUUACAAUUUCUCGAUACUACAAAUUUGAAUUUGGGCAGUACAAAUGAAUCUCAGUUAAAGAAUAACGAAGCCUCACUUAUAAAUCAACAGGAAAAUAUGCAAGUAAACGACAUUAUUUUCAACAUCGAUCCAAUGAAGCCCGGCUUAAGUUUACCUCCCGAUGAAAUUUUUGAGACGCCUCAUCAUGAAAAUACCGAACACCAGGUCUCAGGCACCUUGCCAAGCAUAGAGGAGAUAACCACAAAACCCAUAAAACUCAGCAGUUUCUCUGAAGAAAACACGAAUGAUAAAUCAGGAAAUUUAGGUUUGCUUUUGGGUAACAACACAAAUUUAUACACAAACGUCAGUUUGAACAAUUAUUUAAACUUACCGAUAACUGUAGGAGAAGGAGGUGCAGUUUUUGACUCCACCAGCUCGAGUGCCGUGUUUCAGACGAGCGCCGUUGCUGAUCUAAGCCGUGUGGAUGAUAUCUACGAAACUACAAACAUAAUAUGCAUAAGUUGCAGCAGAAUGUUUACGAGUCUGGACAGUUUUCAAGUGCAUACCUGCAUUUCGUUAAGUGAAGAGUCCGUCGAUGUUGAAAACUGCCAGCAACCCAGCAAGGAUCCCAAAUGUGAUGAUAGAGUGGAGAAUGAGAACCCGGAAGAGAGUCGGAAGGAGACAUUGAAAUGUGAAGUGUGCAAUAAGAUAUUUUCUCACAAGUCUUCUUUCGACCGUCAUUUAGGGACUCAUUCCGUCAAGUCCAAUAUCGUGUGUAGCGUAUGCAAGGCUGUGGUGAACGGGAGGACCCAAUACAUCAAACACUUAGCGACGCAUAAGGGUCCGAAGGCUAGUUUGACGAGGAGCUGCAAGUUUUGCUUCAAGGAGUUUAAGAAACCCUCCGAUUUGAAUCGACAUCUUAGGACACAUACAGGAGAAAAACCAUUCGGUUGUCACCUUUGCGGAAAAACGUUCACUCUAAAGUCAACUCUGGAGUCUCAUAUAAAGACCCAUGAUCCCACACCUAAACAGUUCAGCUGUAAUGUUUGUAACUCAUUUUUCUCUUCCAAGUCCAGUCUCAAGGUUCACAUGACUAUACACACAGGUCAAAGGCCACACAAUUGUUCAUUUUGCGACCAGAAAUUUAGGACUGUAGGUAACAGAAAAUCUCAUGAGGCACUCAUGCAUCUCUCAAAGUCGAAAAAAAUUGGGCAAAGCAAGCAGACCAGUGUUAAAAACGUACUGGAGUCCGUAGCUUCUGGGAUUGUUAACAAUUUAAAUGAAAUCCAACCGAAUCAGAACGAUUCCAUUCAAAAUAAUAAAACUGAAAAUACAUCAGACAAAAUUGUCUCCGAGGAACUUCCUCCUCAACUGGAAAAUACUUCUGUAACCACAGAAAACUUGCUAUCCACUCUUCAAGAUGACCAGAUUCCAAUCGACCCAGUCCUGCUCCUCCAACAGCUCCAAAUGUCAGGUCUCAUUCUUACCAAUGAAAACAACGAGCCUGUUUCUACGUUACUAUUAGACGACGGUACCAUCCUCAACGUCGAUGGGACAAAAGAAGACAUACCCGAAUUGUCGCUACAACCCGUUGAAGCGCAGGAGUCAGUGAACAUCAGCAGUACCGCAAUUGUUAAGACUGAAAAAGUUAGGAAUUUGGAAUGUGAUAUUUGCCACAAGAUGUACGCCUCCAAAGACGUACUUAGGAAGCACCGGAAGAAGGUUCAUGGGGUGAACAAGAAGUAUCCUUGCAUUAAGUGCGAUAGGGCGUUCGACACCCAAGACGAGCUCAGUAAGCACAAUAAGUGGCAUGCUGGAUACCGGGCAUUUUCUUGCGUGUACUGCGCCAAUAGCUUUACGGAGGAGUCUGGACUGAAAAUUCAUAUGAAAAGGAUGCAUCAACAUUCGAACGCCACAAAAACGACUACGAGCGCUUUGUUGGAUGUGAACUUUGAUUUAACCUCGGAGAGUAUUGACGACCCAUUGCUUAAUAAUUUGUUCACAUUCAAGAAAAUCGCUUAGGUAAGUCCACUGUUACUAGCUAUUGUGUAUUUACAAGACUUUUAUUACCUGUAUUUAUUAUGAAUAGAAUUAAGUGGAAAGUAU